AUGCUGUCGGCUAUAGGGCCUUCGGGUGCUCAACCCGCUGGCGUGGCUCCGAGCGACAGCAUCGUGGCGGCUCAGGCCCCAAGCUCGGCGAUUGGAAGACCAAGCAAAAAGACCAAGAACAUUUCCUCAACUCGGACUCAAGACGACUUUGACGACCCUUCCCGACUCGCGCAUUCCAGUGCUUCUACAUACACGCAUGCGCCGGACAGCAGCAUGUUGCCGCCAUGCUUUGACUCCCGCAUCAUCCUCAUGUGCGCAUCUGUGAGACUGCACAUCGAGCUUGCUGAUGCGCGAGCGAGUGCAGGGCUCCGACAGAGGGAGUGCGCGGUGCGCUCGCCAGAUAUGCAAUGGCUGCAUUUCAUGAAAAGAUGCACAUUCGGCAGAAUGCGUCAUUCGAGCACGAGAUAUGCGUCUAGGCGAGUCGGAAGCCUUGCAGCUUCGGCAGGAGCGUCUCUAGCUUGUUCUCUUUGCUUGCAGCAGCCUCAUCGAUAG